CUUGUAAUGAAAGACGAUAAAUUUGAUGGUAUAAAUAAGAGUUUGUGACCAAUUGAAGUCACAUUUGAAAUUAGUUUUCAAGUGAAACAUACACACGAUGCGCGCUUUCGCACUGAUCUUGGCUGUUGCUCUUGUGCAAGGCACAAUUGCAAGCACUAACCACAACUUGUUCAAAGGAUUAAUCAACAAUGUUGAACCUCGUGGUUUGGAACAAACUAUCAACAAUACUUUGGAAUGCAUCAAAAAAACCCUGAUUGAAGGUGAUGAAGAAAUUGGAAUCACAAAAUUUGUGCCAUUGAUUGUUGAAGAAGCAACUUUUGAUUUGGGUGAUUUGGGACUUGAAAAUAUUAACGGAAUCGUCAACUUGAAAGAUUUGACAGUCUAUGGAAUUCCAAACUGGUUGGUCAGCCACUUGAAGGUCGCCAUCACCAUCAUCCCAAUUGGAGCCAAAAUCGAAGUCAACAUGGAAUGGCCACAACUUGACUUGGUCGGAAAGUACGAUGUUGACUCCACAAUCUUGGGACAUGAAAUUAAGGGAGCCGGAAAGAUCGUUGCUUCUGCUACCCAGUUUUCUUUCCAAUUGAAACUUCAUGCUACCUUGAAAGGCAAACAAAUUAGCUUGAAGACAUUCAAUUUGAGACCAGCCAUUGAAGCUGCUGCUCUUGAAAUGGACCAACUGUCUGUCGAUGGUGAGGAAAAAAGCGAAAUUAUCAAGGAAGGUGCUAGCAACUUGCCAAAUUUCAUCAAAGAGAACCUUGAUGAAAUCGAAAAGAAGCUCGGUGAAACUGUUAUUGAGUUCGUCAAUGGACUAGGAGCUGGCGAAGAAGGAGGAGAAGGUGGUGAACAAGAACCAAGCGUAAUUCAGAAACUUAUGGAAAAAUGCAUGAAAUAAAUAUUCUAUAUUGGAAUUGUUAUCAA